UCUCUCUGUCUCUCUGUCUCUGUCUCUGUCUCUGUCUCUGUCUCUGUCUUCGUAUUAAGUCUUUGAUCCUCUGUUCUCCAAAUUAUGUGUCGUGUAAGUUGUUCGAACCCCAGCAGAUUAUGCGGCGACGACGAUGAAGUUGCUUACCUUAACUCAAUUAAUCACUCUUUGAAGCCUUCCAAUAUGCAUUUUACAAACCCUUUGAUCCCUCAGCCCCCGACAUCCCAACAAACCCACCAUAAACCAACCAAACAAAUUGAUACCCAUUUCUCCUUGGCCCUUGGAGAGGCCUUUUCCAUCGCCCAAAUCGCCUUCCCCAUGAUCCUCACCAGCCUCCUUCUCUACUCCCGCUCCCUCAUUUCCAUGCUCUUCCUCGGCCGCCUUGGCGAGCUCUCUCUCGCCGGCGGAUCCCUCGCUCUCGGCUUUGCCAACAUCACCGGCUACUCCAUUCUCUCUGGCCUCGCCAUCGGCAUGGAACCCAUCUGCGGACAAGCCUUCGGCGCCAAGAAAUUCACUCUCCUUGGCCUUGCUCUGCAGAGGACCAUUCUUCUCCUCUCCUUGAUUUCAAUACCCAUUUCAAUUCUCUGGCUCAACGUCAAGCCUAUCCUUUUGAUUUGCAAACAGGACGAAUCCAUUGCCCACCAUGCUCAAUUGUUCCUUCUCUACUCUGUUCCUGACCUCUUCGCUCAAUCCCUCAUCCACCCACUUCGAAUUUACCUCCGAACCCAAUCCAUAACACUCCCUCUCACUUUCUGCGCCACUUUUUCGAUCUUUCUCCACAUACCCAUCAAUUAUUUUCUUGUUUCUUAUCUCAAUUUGGGCAUUCGAGGAGUUGCAAUAGCAGGGGUUUGGACAAACUUCAACUUGGUGGCUUCUUUGAUUCUCUAUAUAGUAAUCUUCCAAGUUCAUAAGGAAACAUGGGGAGGAUUCUCGCUUGAAUGCUUCAAAGAAUGGGGGAAGCUUCUCAAUUUGGCAAUUCCAAGCUGCGUAUCCGUCUGCCUCGAGUGGUGGUGGUAUGAAAUCAUGAUCUUGCUCUGUGGCCUGCUGCUAAACCCCAAAGCCACGGUGGCGUCAAUGGGCAUUUUGAUUCAAACCACGGCAUUGAUUUACAUAUUCCCAUCUUCGUUGAGCUUCAGCGUGUCGACAAGGGUGGGGAAUGAAUUGGGAGCAGAGCAACCAAAGAAGGCAAAAUUAGCCGCCAUUGUUGGGCUGUCUUGCAGCUUCGUAUUGGGAAUCUCUGCCCUGUUUUUCGCAGUUUCGAUAAGAAAGAUUUGGACGAGUAUGUUCACAGAAGAUAAAGAGAUCAUAGCACUAACGACGAUGGUGCUCCCCAUAAUCGGACUCUGCGAGCUCGGGAACUGCCCACAGACGACGGGCUGCGGCGUAUUGAGAGGAACAGCCAGGCCUAAAAUCGGGGCGAAUAUAAAUUUAGGAUGUUUUUAUUUGGUGGGUAUGCCAGUGGCGGUGGGGCUAUCAUUCUACGGUGGGUUCGAUUUCCGGGGACUGUGGCUGGGACUACUGGCGGCGCAGGGAUGCUGUGCGGCGGCGAUGUUGGUAGUUUUGGGCUUUACAGAUUGGGAAUUUGAAGCGAUUAGAGCUAAGAAGCUAACCGGUAGCGGCGAUGAAGCGGUGGAAGCUCAAUCACUUAUUCCUAAGAACAAGGAAGAUUGCUGCUAAUUUCAGCUGAUCGGAACUAAAAUUUGUGACAUUGACGAUGAAGUUGAUGACAUAAUCCGUUUAAUCCGUUUUUUUUUUUUUUUCUUUUGAUAGAAAAAAAAAUAUAUUAAAUUUUUUGGGGGGUGGUCGUACAGAAAGGCAGAAAUAGGUUCUUAUAUAUUGUUGGAUUUUGAUCAUGUGGGUGAUAAUGGUUGCUAUGUUACGAUCAACUAUAUGAACCAAAAUUCAAUUA